AUGUCGCGACUCGUCGAGUCCGUCGUGUCUUUCGCGUCAUCCCGGGCGCCCCCUCCCCCCGUGCCAGUGGUGACAAGUCCCCAAGUAGUUCCCGAUUCCGUGUCCCCACCUACCGAAAAGAAGAAGAAGAAACCCCAUCGAGGUCUCAUUCGGGCUGUUGGCGUCUUUUUCAAGCGGAAAUGCAGUGAAGGGGACGCCACCGUGAGGCCUCCCGUGGUCAGCGACGCGUCCCCGAAUCGCAUGGUGCAGUGGAUCCAUGGCUCGCAACGUCAGUCCAUGCCGGACAUGCCACUGGAGGCGGUGGAGCCUUUGCUGUAUCAGGAGCGAGAGACGCUGACGUCCGUGUGCCCCCUGAUGGAAGAAACGCCUGUUCCAGUAAACAACAAGCGAGUCAAGCAGGAGACGAAGGCGGACAAGGGCGAGCGAAGAAAAGUCGAGGCGAAAGCAAACGCCUCGUUCGUCAAGGCGAAACCGUCACCUACAGACAGUCCGGAACUGCUGCGAGCUGAAUCGUCCAGUGGCAACGAGUCCAACGUGGACCCGUUGCGCGUGUCGUUCCUGAUCUUUGGAGGCAGUGAAGUGGACAGCACGUUCGAGCCCGAGUUGCACCCGUCGGAAUUCGACGACGUGCAUGGGAGCGAGAUCCGGCCAGUGCUGCAGAACAAGAUGCCGCUGUUUUUCUCACUGCCACUGGCGGAGCGUUUGCGUCGCAGCAGCGCCAAGUCGGACCCGAAAGAAGACGAGCUGAUGCAGCGCAAAAUUGAAAAGAGCUCGGAAGACGGGGCUGAGACCAAAGAAGAAAGGUCAAAAGAAAAAGAGCGGAACGCGCAGAGGGGCGACAAGAAAAUCAGGAAGGGGUACAUGAGGAUGGAAAGUUAA